CUGUGCCACGACAUCGACGCCUCAAAUAGCCCCAGAGAGCGGCCAUGCCACACCGUGAUUGACCGUAUUGCUUGCUUCUUCCUUGGAAUGGCCGUGUGCGCUACACAUAGUCCUCUCGUCGACAUCCUCACUGGACUCCCUCUGCGCGCGCAACUGAGCACUUCAACGACGAGAUGAUGGACGCGAAGGGGUCGCAGUCCACGCAAAACGGCGCACCGAAGAGCAGCGAAGAGGCCCCCUCCCCCAACCGCAUCGCCCACACCCUGACGGCCUGCUGUCGCUGUCGCACCCGCAAGACGAGAUGCGACCCAGGCCUGCCCCGCUGCGGGCCCUGCGAGCGGACAAACUCCCACUGCGAGUACUACGACCCCACCAAAGGCACCAAGAUACCGCGCAACUAUGUCGUCCAUCUGCAGCACAAGGUGCGCGAUCUGGAGAAGCAACUGUCUGAUCUGGAGAGGGACGACGUCGAGCCGGAUCCGGAAGACGUGAUGCGCGGUGCGGCUGCCGUGCACAUUCAGGAGACCGACGAGUCUAAGUUCUUGGGCCCGUCGAGCGGUAUCACUAUCACUCGUCUCGUGAUGCAGCUCGCUAAGCAGUUCACCGACUCGAAGAGCAUAUCGGAAAUCGUCCCGGAUUCAAGAGCAAAAUACAUAAAAGCAACGUUCGAUGAAGAAGACAAGAAGCCAACGUCUAAAGUCUAUCCGCUGAUAAGCGACGUUGCGGCUGAGGACUUACCAAAUAGAGAUCUCACGAACCUGCUCGUCCAGCUCUUCUACGGCAAAGUGCAUCCGAUGUACCCCAUGUUCCACGAGCCGACAUUUACCCAAGAUGUUGAAGACGUCUACAGCGGCUCCACGGACCCCUACCAGAACUUCUGUCUCCGCAUGGUGAUCGCCAUCAGCCUGCAGAAGAUGGACACCCAGUACGCUGGUCUUGCCGAUAGCUACUACCUCGCUGCUCUAAAGUUCCUUGAGGGUUCGAUAAAACCCAUGAAUGUGAAGACACUGCAGUGCUUCGCGCUAAUUGCUGGCUACUCACUCCUCACCCCAACAAGAACAGCCGUCUAUUAUAUCAUUGGCCUCGGUGUGCGGCUCUGCCAAGCACUAGGUAUACAUGAAGAGAAGACAAUAACUCGGGGCCCUGGUGGCGCACCAGCUGACCCACUGGAGAUCGACAUGCGACGACGCCUCUUCUGGUGUCUUCUCACCAUGGACUUUGGGUUGGCUCACAGUCUUGGUCGACCGAGUAUCUUUGCCGCCCGUCGAGAUCACAUUGAUGUGAACUUUUUCGAGCUCGUCGACGACGAAUACAUCACCAGAGAUGGCAUACGGCCAGCGCCGCAAGCCUCAUUAAAGAAAUGGAUCGCCAUACACUUCUUUAAGAUGAGAUUACUGCAAUUGGAGAUCCGAAGAAAACUUUACCAAAGGAAGAGGUCGGAGCCAAAAGACGACCAAGAUCCGUGGUUUACCCAAAUGCUAGCAGCAAUGGUUGCGUGGAGAGACACAAGCCCGGAGAUGGAUGGGGGUUCGGGCUUGAACAAAGUCUGGUUCACUGGGAGAUACAACACAAUGGUCGUUUUCCUCUUUCGUCCCUCUCCGCAAGUCCCACGACCUUCGCUCCAGGCUGCAGUACAAUGUUACGAGGCCUGCGAGUACAACAUACACAUGCACCGCAAACAAAUUGAAACCGGCAGCGUGGACCUUACCUGGAUCUUCACUCAAUCCAUCUUCAUGGCUAUAAAUACCAUGCUCUGGACCCUGUCAUACUCUGAGAUCCGACGGAGGCAUCAGCAUGACGAAGUUGAGCAGCAUUUGUUCGUGGCCCUCGAUUGCAUCGAGCUGGCGUCCGAACGGUGGCCCGGUGUAGCAUCUGCCCUGGAGCUAUAUAGGAACUUGAUUGUUGCCUGCAUGAAGAUCUACGACAAGGACGGCGAUAUACCGAUUUCGGCAUCGUCUCCGUCUGAAAGUGCAUCUGUUACGUCAAGCAUGGUGGAGGGUAUCAAUAGAUCUCGGACCACAAGCCCGGCCACAGCGUCAACGGCUUCAAUCACUCAACCGCUAUUCAGCUUCACAUCCCAGCAGAACGCACCAAGCCUAUACUCAUCCUCACCGGCAGCCCAGUCCCAUUCGGCACAGACGUCUCCGCAACAAGCCCCACCCCAGCCCUACAUCGACUCUAGCCCGAAAUCAUCGGUGGACGCAAACAUACCGAAUUUCAAUUUCACACCAACAACCCAGUUCAAUCCUCUUCCCGCGACCUUUGCCGAGCUUCCCCAGUGGACUCCAACGUUCUCUAUGCCCCACCAGGAGCCGUAUACGAUGCCGCCUGUCUCUCAGGCUCUAACCUCGCCCACCUUCAACGAAAAUUAUGCGGCAGGCCAAGGCUAUCCCAUGGCUGAUUACCUGUACCCACAAUGGAGUGCUGAGAGUCGAAGCAUGGGUUUGAAUCAGGAGCAGCAAAUGGAGCUCAUGCAAUCCUUCGAAGCAAACGAAACCGGAAAGAUUGAGGCAAUGAUCCAGCAGAGCAACCAGCUGUUCAGCCCGCAAAUUAGAACAUAUUGAAGUGGCAGCCUCGGCUUACCUGCGCGUUCAGCCACAUGUGCCUCCUCUCUGGGCUGUAGUAGUGGACAAUUUCCACCGUACACCAAACAUGUCCACCCGAUGCCAAGCCCGUCGAGGAGAAUCGGUGUCCCCGACGUCUCACGAAGUCUUUGACGGCGAAACGAACCGUUGGAACGAUUUAGUUUCCCAGCACCUAGC